ACUAAUCACCAUUGAUUCCACCACUUACUCUGCUUGUUUAUUCAAUUAAUGGUUAAGUGCCAUUGUCAUGUGUUCAUGUGCUCUGGUUAACUGGACCUGUCAUGUUGAAGGUAGGUUGGUAGGUAGAAAUUAUAGUACUACUAUAUUGGUUUUGGAGCUGGUUGGCCAGUUUUAAUUUAAUGGGGCGGUGGUGUGGCAGGGCACCAGCAUUGCAUUUAUGCUUGGGAGUCCUUUUCCCUUGCUUUCCUGUGCUGUGCUAGCUAGGGUUCUUGAGCUUGAUGCAUGCAGGACAUGUUUGUUGGUUUACUUUUUCUUCAGAGUAGUAGUAGUAAGAUGCAGGAGGUACCCUUGAUAGGUUGAUUGCUUUUGGUGCAUUCACGUUGUGCCAACCACAAUGUUUCCCAAACCCAAAGGCACCUUCUAUUAUUAAGGUUCUUGCCAACAGAUUGACUAGUGCCAAUGUGUCCCAACUGCUGGGUUUUGUCAAUGUGUCUCACAUUUUUUUUAGUAAUACAAAAAUGAUAUAGAUUGAAAAAGUCCGGAAUCUUAUACUAUAUAGAUAUACAGAUCUCCCUCUUAUUCAGGACAGUGUACGCCCUUUUUAGGAUCUGCGCUGGUCAAACUUUUACAAGUUUACUCAUGAACAAGGAAAUAAUUAUUAGCAAAAUCAUAACAUUGAUUUUACUAUAAUCAUUUGUACAAUAUUCUUAUAUAAAGUUCAUUUAUUUUUAUGCAAGGGAACAUAUUUCCAUCAAAACUGAUGGUCAAAAUGGAAUCUUUAAUCCCACAAAAAGAAACUUUAAGAUUGUGUCACCUUCGUCGGUAGAGGCGCAGCAGGACGCGAGCGCGGCGCCACGGGCCGUGGACGCUGCCUCCGCCGAUCCGAUCACGCGGUGGCCGAUGUUCGCGUACCUGUGCGGAGCCAUGGUGUGCCUACUUACGAGCAGCGCAUGCCACCUGGUGCUGUGCCACUCGGAGAGAAUGGCGUACGUGACGCUCCGGCUGGACUACGCCGGCAUCGCCGCCCUGAUCGUCACCUCCUUCUACCCGGUCGUCUACUACUCCUUCCUCUGCCACCCGGGGCUCCAGCGGCUCUACAUGGGCUUCAUCACCGCCUUCGGCGCCGCGGCGGUCACGGCGUCGCUGGUGCCGGUGUUCCAGGCGCCCGAGUUCCGCCCGCUCCGCGCCGGGCUCUUCUCAUGCAUGGGCGUGUCGGGGCUCAUCCCCGUCGCGCACAAGCUCGUGCUAUACGGCGGCCGGCGGGAGGCCGCCGUGACUGCGUGCUACGAGGCGCUCAUGGGCGCGCUCUACGGGCUCGGCGCCGCCGUCUACGCGGCGCGCGUGCCGGAGCGGUGGUUCCCCGGGAGGUUCGACCUCGUCGGGCACAGCCACCAGCUGUUCCAUCUCUUCGUCAUCGCCGGCGCGUACGCGCACUACCUCGGUGGCGUCGAGUACCUCAAGUGGAGGGACGCCGACAGGUGCUGGUGACCGGCGGCAUGGCAUGGCUACAGUUGUACAGCUUCAUCUCCGGCUGAAGAUGGAGGGAUCUGGCGUCAAGAAACUGUGCAUUUUGUAGUGAAAGAGUACUAAGGUAUACAUACAUAGGGGAUUGUUUGAUUGAUGAAAUGGAUGUGAGGCGUAAUUUGUAUGAAGAGAUUAAGAGCUGCUUAGCACCGGACAAGCGACAAUCUUGUGUAUAAUUGAUUGGAACCUCUCCUUCAUGGUCUCGAAAGAAAAUGAGUGCAACUAAUGCUGUAACAAACAUAUGUAGAUAAACUUGGAUUCAGUGAUGAUUAUAUUCGUCAACUGAGCCUUGAGGAUCUCACUCAUAUCGCUCAGUUUGAUGGAAAUGUCAGGUUGUUUCA